ACCGCCACUACACCCUCGAUCGAUCAGCGGAAGUUGGAUCGGCAUUCACUGUCCACCGCCGCUCGUCCUCCUCCACUCCACCAAGAUUGGGUCAGAUCGGCAUCUCUGUCUAUUCGAUUCUAUCAAUGACUUUCCUGAACAGUGAAGGAGCCUCCUCUUCUUCUUCUUCUUCUUCCACUCGCCGAUGGAACUAUGAUGUCUUCUUGAGCUUUAGAGGUGAAGAUACCCGCGAAAGUUUUACCAGCCAUUUGUAUAAGGUUUUGUGCGACAAAGGCAUCAACACCUUCAUCGAUGAUAAACUUCAUAGGGGAGAAGGAAUUUCGAAAGAACUUAUCCAAGUCAUCCAAAAUUCAUCGAUUUUGGUUAUUGUCUUCUCUGAAAACUACGCCAACUCCAUAUGGUGCUUGGAUGAACUUGCUGAGAUUGUUGAGUGUAAUGAAAAGGACCCGGAGGUUCAAAUUUGUCCAGUUUUUUACAAUAUUGAUCCAUCAGAAAUACGAAAUCAAAAGGGGAACUUUGGAAAAGCACUCGCUAAACAUGAAAAGAAGUUGAAGGAUAACAAGAACAAGGUGCAGAGCUGGAGGGAUGCUCUAAGAAAAGCAGCUAAUGCAUCUGGGUGGCAUUACAAGAAAGGCUUCGCUACAUAUAAAUCUGAAUCUGACUUCAUACAAAACAUUGUUGAAGAGAUAUCAAAUGCUAGAUUGAAUUGGACGCCGUUAUAUGUUGCUGAAUACCCAGUUGGAAUAAAUUCUCGUGUAGAGGCCAUAGAGUCACUUUUAGAUAUUGGGUUAGAUGAAUUUUGCGUGGUAGGGAUUUAUGGCCUUCCCGGAGUAGGAAAGACUACAAUUGCAAAAGCUGUUUAUAAUAAAAUUGCUAAACAUUUCGAUGGAAGCAGCUUUUUAAUGAAUGUUAGAGAAAAUUUGGGGACGGAUGCUGGCAUAAUCACACUACAAGAGCAACUUCUGAAUGACAUCUUAGGGGAUGGUAAUUGGAAAGUGGGCAACAGAUUUAGAGGAAUCAAUUUGAUAGAGAAGAGACUUUGCUGUAAAACGGUUUUUUUAAUUCUUGACGAUGUCGAUGAUUCGACAAGAAUAGAAAAUUUGCUUGGAAAAUGUAAUUGGUUUGCUCCCGAAAGUCGAGUCAUUAUAACAUUAAGAGAUAGACACUGGUUAGCUGCCCUUAAAGAAAAAUUCUGUACAACUUACAAGGUCAAGGAAUUCAAGGUCGAGCAAUUAAACAAACGUGAAGCUCUUCAACUCUUUAAAGAGCAUGCCUUUCCUCGAAACAAACCGUUGGAUGAAGAUUAUUCUAAACUUGCAACUAAAUUCAUACAUUUUGCCAAAGGCCUUCCACUUGCUCUAGAAAUAAUAGCUCGUGAUUUGUGUGGAAAAGCUAAAGAUGAAUGGGAAAGUGCAUUAGAUAUGUAUAAAAAAAUUCCUAAUAAAGACAUUCAGAAAAUACUUAGAGUAAGUUAUGAUGGAUUGAAUGACACCGAGAAAGAUAUUUUUUUGGAUAUUGUGUGUUUCUUCAAAGGAUGGUACAAAGAUUAUGUUGUAAAGAUAUUAGAUGCUUGUGAAUUAUAUCCAAGUUCUGGUAUUCCGAGACUUGUUAAUAAGUGUCUCAUAGUUGUUGAUCAAUAUGGUAGAUUGUCAAUGCAUGACUUGAUACAACAAAUGGGCAAGGAAGUUGUUCGACAACAAGCACCAGACAACCUCGGAAAACGUAGUAGGUUAUAUUGUUAUAAGGAUUCGCUUGAAGUACUAACUAGAAAUAAGGGAUCAAAAAAAAUUCGAGGCAUAAUGUUGCAUUCGCCUCAACAAGUAGAGGUGCAACUACACACUGGAGCUUUCAAAAGGAUGGAAAAUCUCAAAUUUCUAAUAGUUGAGAAUGUACAUAUUUGUAAACCACUUGAAUUUCUUCCCAACAAUUUAAUACUUCUUAAGUGGCCCGAUUAUCGUUUUCACUGGCCGUCCGAAUAUUUUCCCGAACAACUUGUUGCUAUUGAGAUGCCACGUAAUUGCAUUAGACUGCCGAAGCUAAUCAACCAGGAGUGGCGGUUAGAAAAUUUGAAAGAUGUCAAUCUCGAAUGUUGUGAAUUUAUUACGAAAUUACCUAAAUUAUGGGCCCCAAAUUUAGAGAAUUUGGACCUCUCUUUUUGUAAAAAUUUAGUUAAGAUUGAUGAAUGCUUUGGAUCUCUUGAAAAGCUUAAAAGAUGGAACCUCGCUCAUUGCAGAAAACUUCAGUUUCUUCCAAGCCAACUCAGAUUGAAAUCUCUUAAAUAUUUAUGUCUUACUAGCUGCUCAGGGCUUGAGAACCUCCCUAAUUUUCAUUCAGAAAUGGGAUGUUUAGAGAUUUUAUAUUUAGGUGAGAGUGGCAUUAGGGAGUUGCCUUCAUCAAUUGAGUAUCUCACUAAGCUUGAGACAUUAAGCCUUGAUAAAUGCAAAAACCUCCAGGAUCUUCCAGAUAGCAUUUAUAAAUUGCAACAGCUUCGGAUAUUGGACACUACUACUACCAAAUUGAGACCAACAUGCAAUUCUAUUGAUAUCUCUUCAGGAUAUGGGUUUGUGAAGAUGAAACCACUAGAUCUUUUGAUGAAGCUUGAUUACUUCCCCGCAUUGGAAAUGAUAGAUCUAUCUGAAACCAAUAUUGUUACCAUCCCUGAAAGCAUUAGCAGACUUCCCAGAUUAGAAUCACUUUUAAUUUCGAAUUGCAAGCUUCUUUGUGAAAUUCAAGGACUUCCCCAAUCUAUAAGAACCGUUCUUGCAGAGAAUUGCAUGUUGUUGGAUUCUCAAUCACCAAGUGGACUAUUGAAUCAGGUAAUAGAAAUUAUAGGGAUUUUACCAAAUAGAGUAUGUGGUAAUGCAAGAAGCAACAAAUUAAUGGAUCCACAGUUCACCAAGUACUUCCCAUCUGAAACUGAGGGUGCCGAAUCUGAAGAUGGGGACAUAUCAAUGGAUCUGCAGUUCUCCAAUUAUUUACCAUUUGUAGCUGAGGGCGUUGAAUAUGAAGAUGGGGACAUAUCAAUGGAUCAACAGUUAUCCAAUUAUUUCCUGAAUGAAACUGAGGGUGUUGAAUCUGAAGAUGGGGACAUUGCUCAUACUCUUUAUGUACCAGGAACUGAGAUUCCAAAGUGGUUCAACCAUCAAAGUGUUGAAAAUUCCAUAUUAUUCUGGGUUGGUUGCAAAUUCCCAAAAUUGGCUGUCUGUAUUGCUCUUGGACCAGAUGAGGCACAUAAGCGCUUUUAUGAUUGUUAUGUUUACAUUUCCAUCAAUGGUUGUGAAGAACGUGAAUAUGGGUAUUUUCGUCCAUCUGAAAAUAAUUAUAAUCAUCUGUUCUUAUUUUCUCCAUGUCAAUGGCUUCUGCAGCAGCAUUUGAUUGAAUCAAAUCCAACUGACCAGAAUUGCGUUGAGGUUACAUAUAGAACAUGUUUUGCUCAUUAUGAUGUUGAACCCAAUCCUUGUAUUGAGCCACUAAAUCCCACCCUCAUAAAAAGGUGGGGGGUCCACGUAGAAUGCACUUGUCCUCCUCAAGAAUCUGUAAUACCUAACUUGCCCCUUCUAACUGCUGGACGUGGAUCUGAUGAUAAAGAAGAAUGUCAGUCUCCUCUGGUCCUUGAUGACACAUCUAUGUCAUGCAUGAGUUGGCUAGUUGGGCCAACCACCAAGCUUUUUAAGCUAUUUUGCUUUUGCAGCCCCGGAAAUUUUUCCUGAAAGGGUGAUUGAGGCCCUUAGACCUUAGUGCCUACCAGCCUAAACAUUUCAUUCUGUUCUCUUGAGUAAAAAAACAAAAAGGUGGGGCUUCCUAUGGAUACAACAGAUGAAUACAACUUAGCCUUGGGCAGGGAAGAUAUGCAUUUUGGCUUAACCAUUAGUGGUGGGUUUUGUUUGUUUUCAACUUCAAUGGCCCAUGACUUUGUCAACUUCAAUCUCUAUUCAUCAUCGAAGAAACUGAGGACAUUUUGAUGAACUCAGAAGAAAUAUGCCUCAAUAAAAAAAUCACAUUGAAAUUGCUUCUCCUCUUUUGUUUCUGUCCAGUUUCUUUUUCAUUUGAUGCCAAGCCUGUCUAUACCAUCCUAUGGCAUGACCAUGAAUUUCUGAGAUAUGUUUUGCUUCAAUUUCAGGUACAAUGUCUAUUUUCUAUAGUUUUAUCGAGCAAAACCCUGACAGAUUUUUUCACUUUGUGUCAUUGUAAACACAUCAAUUAUCAGCUCUGUGGGGAUGUGGCAAAUGCAUGAAUUGAAGGUUAGUACUGUUGUUUAUCAACAAAGCCCAAGUGCUACAGCAGCUUCCUUUUGAAAAGUAGAGGUAAGAUAUUGGAUAGUGGGAUCUGAUUGAAAAGUGAGGACAAUGAACAAGGAAAAUGUGAGAAAGCUCCUAAUCAGUAUGUUCAGCACAAGAAAACUUGUGAAGAUUCGGCUCCCACUUUUGUAGUCUGUAUGCAUUCCCUGAAGACAACAUGUUUAAAUUAAAAGAAAUGUGGAGGUAUUGAGACUCGCUCGAUUAAGUCACAGAGCCAAAAGUGUUAUGAAUAUUCUAAAAAAGGUUACUAGUAGAGGGUCCGUCAAUCUCAGGCCAUGAAACCUGCAUAAGUUUGCAUACUCUCAAUUUGGCUUUCAAUAUUAUUGGUCAAUGUCCCCAGCAAGCUACACUGCUAUACUUCCUUUGCAUCUCUCACGACCACAUGAUCCACAUUGUGCUGAAGGUAUUACUGUGGCAGUUGCUUCUAAAGAUAGCACCCUAAAGGCUGUAGAAGGUAAUUGGAAAAAGCCAAUAAGCUGUAACUCAAAUGACAAAGAAGGAAAGCUACUAAAUUAAAGUAAUAGAAUGAACCUUUUUGCAUAAAUGUUUUUUUUUUUUUUUUUGGGACGUGUUUGCCUAAGUUUUUGUUGGCUUGGUUUCUUAUUUCUAUUCCAUGGUCAAACAUUCUCAGUAUUUUUGUAUCAUGCUCCCAAAGGUCAUAACGAUUGGCCAGUUAGGAUUUUCUUUUUAACAAAGAUUCUUAGAGAAAUUUUAAUAAAAAUGCAAAGAACCUCAUUCAAUAUAAA